AUGAAAAGAUGUUCUCCUGUCCUUAACACUGCCAAUGGAGUGGCUGUCGGUGAAACAACCUUUCCAAUUUGGAGUGAUCACUUCAAGACCUUGCUGAACAGGCAAGCACCGUUAGCUUCUGAACUCGAGCACGUUCAUAGGCCGACAUAUGCGGUUAACGAGGAACCACCGACCGAGUCGGCGGUUCUGGUCUGCAUCCAAAAGAUGAAAAAUGGAAAAUCUGGUAGAGACGACGGAAUUAGCGCAGAAAUACUGAAAUAUCUUCGUCCAUCUGGGAUUUGUGAGAUGACAAAGAUCUUCCGUUCAAUAUGA